AUGGGUUGCGGAAUGAGUACAGAGGAGAAGGAGGGCAAGGCCCGGAACGAGGAGAUUGAGAACCAGCUCAAGAGGGAUCGCAUGCAACAACGCAAUGAGAUCAAGAUGCUUCUUCUGGGUGCUGGUGAAUCCGGAAAGUCGACCAUUUUGAAGCAGAUGAAGCUUAUCCACGAAGGAGGUUACUCGCGCGACGAGCGCGAGUCGUUCAAGGAAAUCAUCUUCAGCAACACUGUGCAGUCCAUGCGCGUCAUUCUCGAGGCCAUGGAGUCCCUAGAGUUGCCACUCGCCGAUCAGCGCGUCGAGUACCAUGUCCAGACCAUCUUCAUGCAGCCCGCUCAAAUAGAAGGUGACGUGCUGCCUCCUGAGGUCGGCAAUGCUAUCGAGGCCCUCUGGAGGGACGCUGGCGUCCAGAGCUGCUUUAAGAGGUCAAGGGAAUACCAAUUGAACGACUCGGCAAGAUACUACUUCGAUAACAUCGCUCGUAUCGCCGCGCCCGACUAUAUGCCCAACGACCAGGACGUUCUGCGAUCACGUGUCAAGACAACCGGUAUUACGGAAACGACCUUCAUUAUUGGCGAUCUUACGUACCGUAUGUUCGAUGUCGGUGGCCAGCGUAGCGAACGUAAGAAGUGGAUCCACUGCUUCGAGAACGUCACCACCAUUCUUUUCUUGGUCGCCAUUUCCGAGUACGAUCAGUUGCUUUUCGAAGAUGAAACCGUCAACCGUAUGCAGGAGGCCCUUACUCUGUUCGAUUCCAUCUGCAACUCCAGGUGGUUCAUCAAGACAUCCAUCAUUCUUUUCCUCAACAAGAUCGAUAGGUUUAAGGAGAAGUUGCCGGUCAGCCCGAUGAAGAACUACUUCCCCGAUUACGAGGGUGGUGAUGACUACGCCGCCGCUUGCGACUACAUUCUCAACCGCUUCGUCAGUUUGAACCAGCACGAGACCAAGCAGAUUUACACGCAUUUCACAUGCGCGACGGAUACUACACAAAUUCGUUUCGUCAUGGCUGCGGUCAAUGAUAUCAUUAUCCAGGAGAACCUGCGUCUCUGCGGUUUGAUUUGAGCAUUGAACGCAAUCUUUCUAAUUUUUUCAUCAGUUAAUGGGGCUGUGAGGUUCGGGCAAGCGAUUGAUACCGAUCAGAACUUCGAGUAUUGCCGCCCAGUCGUUGCCGCUGGCUCCCUGCCCACAGUUUCUGCCUCCAGAUUAUGAUCUAGUGGAGGUGGCGUGGGCUUUCGAGUGGAUAUGAGCUCUACAUACACCUCGGGGCGUCCCUGGAGAAAUUGCAUUUGAGAAGCAUCAUCAAGAGGGGGGCUAACUAUUUUGUUUAAUCAUGAUUCCCCAUCGACCUUGGAGUCUUUGCUCUCUAUCGGUGUUCUGUACGAUUUCUUUUUUUCUAUCAUCUUUUUCUAUCCCCUCUGAUCCGGGCGCUUUUCACCUUGCUCUUUCUCCCCAGGGACACCGCGGCUGCUAUGGGAAGCAAAAGCCCCUCUCAACAAAAGAAAUGGAUGAUUUUGGCGUGCGUGCUUUUCU